CCUCAGUAGACCUUUAGAACUGAAAAGUAAUGAUAGUUUCCAGUCAAGCCACACAGUGUUCGAAGUUGCCAGAAUGUUCGAGGCCGUUGAAAAGUGUUAGACAAAGGGCUGAAGUGAGAUCAGGAUGUCGGGACUGAAGGCGUUCCUGAAGGACGGCAUGGUUGUGGCGGGCAUCAUGGGCCUGGGCGACACCAUAGCCCAGCUGGUCAUCGAGAAGAAGCCGCUGAACGACUGGGACACCGGGCGGACGCUCCGGUUCGGAGCCCUGGGCCUGGUGUUCGUGGGCCCGAUGCUGCGGCAGUGGUACCUCUUCCUGGAGGCGAGGGUGCCCAAGAGCUACACGCCGAUGCGCCGCGGCGUCACCAAGAUGGUGAUCGACCAGGUCUGCUUCGCGCCCCCCUUCUCGCUGGCCACCUCCUUCCUGGUGCUGCUGGUCAACGGGGAGCCCACCGACCAGAUCCGCAAGCGCCUCCAGGAGACCUACCCCACCAUCAUGGCCAGGAACUACAUGCUCUGGCCCGCCGCCCAGAUGAUCAACUUCAGCUUCGUGCCGCUGCGCUACCAGGUGUUCUACGCCCAGACCAUCGCCCUCGUGUGGAACUGCUACCUCUCCCUGAUCCUCAACCGAUAGGGCCUUCCGUAUUACUAUCCGUGUCCGUUUCCGUGACCAUAUAUCGAUUUGACGGAAUAAAGUAUUCAACUGCAAA